CUUCUUUCCACACUUUCUCUUUGACCAUUUCACUACAAAUAUACACAUUUCUCUCUUCUUUCUUUCCAUUUCCGUUUCACGCUCUCUAAACAGCUUGCUCUGAAACCUCACAGCGAUGCUUUUCCUCAGACCCGUUUCUGUGCUUCUCUUCCUCGUCUCUUUCAUUCCCUUUCCCACAAAUGCAAUCCGAUCGUUUCCCGACGCACACGCACAAAUGGGUCUGCGAUUCUCAGAGGCGCCUGAAUACACAAACGGAUUGAGCUGCCCUGUUUUGGGUCUGAAUUUGAAGAGUUUGGCAUUGGCUUGCAAUCCCUCGCUUGUUCACGUCGCGAUGACCAUUGAUUCAGAGUACUUGAGAGGCACCAUGGCUGCAGUUCACUCUGUUCUCAAGCACGCUUCUUGCCCAGACAACACCUUCUUCCACUUCAUCGCCUCAGAUUCAAUUUUGGUCAAUUUACAGGACCUCACUCGCAUUGUCCAAUCCACCUUCCCUUCCCUGAGUUUCAGAGUUUAUGUUUUCAGGGAAAGACUCGUCAACAAUCUGAUUUCGUCUUCGAUUCGACAAGCUCUCGACAACCCAUUGAACUACGCGAGAAGCUACUUAGCUGACUUGCUCGACCCCUGUGUGGAGAGAGUGAUUUAUCUCGACUCUGAUGUCAUAGUUGUGGAUGAUGUGCAGAAGCUAUGGAAGAUUUCUUUAUCUGGGUCGAGAGUGAUUGGUGCUCCAGAAUAUUGCCAUGCAAAUUUUACCAAGUAUUUUUCUGAUGGGUUUUGGAAAGACUCUGAGCUCUCUAAAGUUUUUGAAGGGAAAAAGCCUUGUUAUUUCAAUACAGGUGUUAUGGUGAUGGAUUUGGUGAGGUGGAGAGAGGGUGAGUAUACGAAAAAGAUUGAGAAUUGGAUGGCGAUUCAGAAGGAGAGGAGGAUUUAUGAGCUGGGUUCUCUUCCACCAUUUUUACUGGUUUUUGGUGGAGAUGUUGAGGCCAUCCACCAUAGAUGGAACCAGCAUGGGCUUGGGGGUGACAAUAUGGUGAACAGUUGCAGGUCUUUGCAUCCAGGUCCUGUUAGCUUGUUGCAUUGGAGUGGUAGAGGGAAGCCAUGGUCGAGGCUGGAUUUGGGAAUGCCUUGUCCAGUUGAUCUUCUGUGGGCGCCUUAUGAUCUCUACAAACACCAUCACCACCAUCAUCUUCAAGAUCAGCAUCAUCUUCAACAUCAACAUCACCACCACCAACAAACACAACAAUUUUCAAUGUUGUAGCACAGGAUUAUUUUUUUUGAUUAUUUAUUUUUUGUUGGAUUUCCUUCGAUUCUUUGGUACAUAGGAGAUCAUAAAUUUUACCGUAUGUAUAUACAGAGAUGUAAACAGAGUGAAAACUGCGGGGCACAUUGUUCCAAUUCAAGUUCGACAUUUUUCUCAA